AUGGUGGUGAAGGCUUAUGGCACGCUGAAGGCUCGUGGUAGCUGGAGUGUGAGGAACAACCCCUCGGGCGAGAACAGCAACCCCUCGGGCGAGAACAGCAACCACUCGGGCGAGAACAGCAACCUCUCGGGCGAGAACAGCAACCACUCGGGCGAGAACAACAAACACUCGGGCGAGAACAACAAACACUCGGGCGAGAACAGCAACCUCUCGGACGAGUACAGCAACCUCUCGGGCGAGAACAGCAACCACUCGGACGAGUACAGCAACCUCUCGGGCGAGAACAGCAACCUCUCGGGCGAGAACAGCAACCUCUCGGGCGAGAACAGCAACCUCUCGGGCGAGAACAGCAACCUCUCGGGCGAGAACAGCAACCACUCGGACGAGUACAGCAACCCCUCGGGCGAGAACAGCAACCUCUCGGGCGAGAACAGCAACCUCUCGGGCGAGAACAGCAACCACUCGGGCGAGAACAGCAACCCCUCGGGCGAGAACAGCAACCCCUCGGGCGAGAACAGCAACCCCUCGGGCGAGAACAGCAACCUCUCGGGCGAUAACAGCAACCACUCAGGCGAGAACAUCAACCCCUCGGGCGAGAACAUCAACCCCUCGGGCGAGAACAACAAACACUCGGGCGAGAACAGCAACCUCUCGGACAACAACAUCUCGGACGAGUACAGCAACACCUCGGGCGAGAACAGCAAACACUCGGGCGAGAACAGCAAACACUCGGGCGAGAACAGCAACCACUCGGGCGAGAACAGCAACCACUCGGGCGAGAACAGCAACCACUCGGGCGAGAACAUAAACCUCUCGGGCGAGAGCAGCAACCUCUCGGGCGAGAACAGCAACCACUCGGACGAGUACAGCAACCCCUCGGGCGAGAACAGCAACCUCUCGGGCGAGAACAGCAAACACUCAGGCGAGAACAGCAACCACUCGGGCGAGAACAGCAACCACUCGGGUGAGAACAGCAACCACUCGGGCGAGAACAGCAAACACUCAGGCGAGAACAGCAACCCCUCGGACGAGUACAGCAACCCCUCGGGCGAGAACAGCAACCGCUCGGGCGAGAACAUAAACCUCUCGGGCGAGAGCAGUAACCUCUCGGGCGAGAACAGCAACCACUCGGACGAGUACAGCAACCCCUCGGGCGAGAACAGCAACCUCUCGGGCGAGAACAGCAACCACUCGGGCGAGAACAACAAACACUCAGGCGAGAACAACAAACACUCGGGCGAGAACAGCAACCUCUCGGACGAGUACAGCAACCCCUCAGGCGAGAACAACAACCACUCGGGCGAGAACAACAACCACUCGGGCGAGAACAGCAACCUCUCGGACGAGUACAGCAACCCCUCGGGCGAGAACAACAACCACUCGGGCGAGAACAUCAAACACUCGGGCGAGAACAGCAACCUCUCGGACGAGUACAGCAACCCCUCGAGCGAGAACAGCAGCCUAUCGGACGAGAACAUAAACCUCUCGGGCGAGUGCAGCAACCUCUCGGACGAGAACAGCAACCACUCGGGCGAGAACAGCAUACACUUAGGCGAGAACAGCAACCGCUCGGGCGAAAAAAAAAAGCCACUUGGACGGGAACAGCAACCACUCGGGCUAGAACAGCAACCACUCGGGAGAAAACAACCGCGCUCGGGUGAGAACAGCAAACCCUCGGGAGAGAACAGCAACCACUCGGGCGAGAACCACCGGAGAUGUUUCGACGCGCACUGCGUCCACCCAUCGUCAGAGAGGGGACUCAUUCAGGACGUUCCUUCAGCGAUCAGAGCCACCACGCCGAGCGACCCGUGUCGGCAGAGCGAGCCUCAGCGGCAUCUCCCAACACCAACAAGGGUCAUCACGCACUGCUGCCUGGAUUUGACAUGGCCCUUGCGGGCUUGUAGCUACACUGCAGACUUCUUGCCGGAGCUGGGUUCAGUGAUGUAG